UGAUAGGAGUGAUUGAGGUGGAGGCAGCCAGCCUGCGACAGAAAAACAAACGAGCAUAGGUUGAGCAGUACCCAGUCAGUGCAUGUUUUAAAAGAAAAAGAAAGAGUGAACCCGGAGGAUAUGUGGAUUUAAACCUUAUUUCUGUCGCUUCCACGCGGGCUCACUUACUUACUCUUUGCGUCUCAUUUCGGCGGAGUGUGUCACCGUUUGCCCAUUCUCACUGGAGUGAGCACUAAGGAGGACUCCAUGAAAGAUGACAGAGGAGGUGAUUGUUGUAGCCAAGUGGGACUACACGGCCCAGCAGGACCAGGAACUUGACAUCCGUAAAAAUGAGCGUCUCUUCCUCCUGGACGACUCAAAGACCUGGUGGCGUGUCCGCAACGCCGCCAACCAAACGGGGUACGUGCCAUCGAACUACGUGGAGCGCAAGAACAGCCUGAAGAAAGGCUCGCUGGUGAAGAACAUCAAAGACACACUGGGUUUGGGAAAAACCAAGAGGAAGACAAGUGCCCGCGAUGCUUCCCCAACGCCAAGCUCAGACACAGAGUACCCCUCCAAUGGCAGCGGGGGCGGAGGAGGAGCUGCUGAAAGGAUCUACGACCUCAAUAUCCCCGCCGUGGUCAAGUUUGCCUACACAGCAGAGAGGGAAGACGAGCUGACCCUGGUCAAGGGCACCAGGGUGGUGGUGAUGGAGAAGUGUAGUGACGGCUGGUGGCGGGGCAGCCAGGGAGGCCGCGUGGGCUGGUUUCCCUCCAAUUAUGUCCUUGAGGACCUCGGUGGGGCCGAUGACAGAGAGGAGGGAGAUUCCUCACAGGGCUACCAAGGAGGCUCUCAAGGGACUUUGCUGGCCAAUGGUCGUGCAGGCGGCCGCGGCGCAGUGCUCCACUUGGUUCAAACACUCUACCCCUUCAGCUCUGUGACAGAGGAAGAGCUGAACUUUGAGAAGGGAGAGGUCAUGGAGGUGGUGGAGAAGCCUGAGAACGACCCAGAGUGGUGGAGGUGUAAGAACUCACGUGGCAUGGUGGGCCUGGUGCCUAAAAACUAUGUGGUGGUGCUGGACGAGCGGCCCGGUCUGCCCUCCUCUACGUCGAGCUCCCCGCAGAACCGUUUCGUGGCACCGGCACGCUCGGGGAAGUUUGCUGGGAGGGACUGGUACUACGGCAACAUCACCAGACACCAGGCCGAGUGUAUACUCAACGAGAGAGGAGAGGAGGGCGACUUCCUUGUACGAGACAGCGAGUCAUCGCCCAGUGAUUUCUCUGUGUCCCUAAAGGCGGCCGGUAAGAAUAAGCACUUUAAAGUGCAGCAGUUAGAUGGAGUGUACUGUAUCGGCCAGCGCAAGUUCAACUCCAUUGAUGAACUUGUGGAGCACUACAAGAAAGCCCCCAUCUUCACCAGCGAACACGGAGAGAAGCUGUACCUGGUCAAAGCGCUGCUGUGAUUCACACAUCCUCACACCUACACUGGAUCUCACGCACACAAACACACUCUCUUCAUACACACAUAAUACUAAUGCCACCCCCUAACUGUCUUAACUCAAGCCUUAGCUCUGGACCCUCUCGCUGUGGCGUCUGUACUCCAUCCAGUUUCAUCUGUCGCCCUCCAGUGGCGAUCUGAUGAAACUCGUUCUAGCUCUAUAACCGAGUAAGAUGGCGAGCACUGUGUCAGCAAAUACCCAGCUACAUCCUACAUGUACAGCACAGUGCACAAUAAGCCUCUGUCUCUUGGGUGUGCUAACAUGUGCAGUGACCAGAUCUGCUGCUAACAGAAUGCCUGAGGCCUUGUUGGGGGUUGAGCUCUCCUUCUGAUGUCAUGCAUAAUGUUCAUCUACUACCACACACAUCGUAGGUUACACCAUUGCUCUUAAUCCACGCAAAAGGACAGACGUUUAAAAGUUCAAAGAGGACUCGAGCCUCUGAGGGACCUUACCUGUCUAAGUUCUGGCCAUUGUUUUAUUUUGUUUGUUUAUUUUAAAAAAGAAAUGCUUGUUCCUGAGUUAACUUUGUUUUUUAAGAUAAUUUAAGUUCCUCUCUGGAGGUCUGCCGUUUCAUUCAAUGACUUCACAAAGUGACCAGAAUCACUCUCUUGCCUUUUUCUCCUUAUUUCUAUCAUUCCUCUACAUGAUUUCUCUCCCUGUUUGAACUUGUGGCUUCUCUCAUUUUUGUCAAAUUGUUUCCAUCUCCAGUUCACAGGCCCUGUCAUUAGUAUUGAUGUUAUUAAUAAUCUGGAUACAGUACUUCCUGUAAUAUUUCUAAAAGGCAGCAGGGGGAGCAUUACUGCAAAAGGGGAGACCUCUGAUUUCCUGUAGAGUUCGAAUGUUUAUCAAUGUAACCAAAUGUGCCACCCUGUACCCAUACUACUGGCUCCAGGUCUGCACUGCACUCACCAUACUUGGCAUUCAUUGCUAGUUCUAUGCUCAUGCUUUAUAUUGUGUCACGUUGACCAUGUUCCUGUUCUGUUCUCCAGUAUGUGUCUGUAGCUACAUGAGGAUACUGACUGAAGAAUAAUAAUAAUAAUAAUAAUAAUAAACCUUUUCAGUAACUACACUUUGAUCUGCUCCUGCGAAUGAAUACAGCUAUAAAAGAGUACCUCCUCUGGUGUAGUAUUUGUCGAAGAUGAAUAUAUCUUUGUGAACUGUUUUGCAAGAAAAGUGUCAUUAUACCCCAAAAACUCACAAUUUAGUGAUUGACUGAGACCUCAAUAAUUAAUGUACUAAGAAGAGAUGGCCCUGAUUUCCACAUUUAUAAAUCACAAGUAGUCGUUCAUAGGUCAACACAUAAUUUGGAAAUACUAAUUCAUGAAACCAGCAAGGCAUAGAUACUGACCGUUCGCUAAACCCCAUGCUGCAAGUUUGCAAAUCUUAGAUUAAGGCAUGAAGGCAUGACCUGCCCCCCUGACAUUCUUACCUUUACCCUAACCAAUUCCACUUAUUUUGCCGAAACCUAACCAAUCCUACCAACAAAGGCAACGAGCACUAGCAAAUCAGAGGGAGAGUAGGCGGGCCAUGCCUUCGCUGUGCUAGCAUUUCCAGGGUCCGCUCCAUUUUAGUGUGCCGGUGCACCACUUACAAUAUAAGGGUGAGGGCUGACAACACUGUUUUAAUGGAGUGUAAUCUUUCAGCCAGGGGCAGCUGGAAGAACAAUGUUGGCCUACACAGCAAAAGUUAUGGUAGCUUUUCUAGUUGACAAAUAAUUGCCUGCAUGGACAGCAAUGUUCACAAUAUGAUUUUAUGUAAGCCUGAACAACAUUCAUCAGUUCUGAGCUAUGUGGUCAUGGUGAUGUAUACACUGCUCUCGCUGCUCGAAUUUAGCAGCUGAUCUGCUGGCUACGAUACCCAUCAAAUGGUGAGGAGACUCUGCCUACUCGGUGCACUGCAGGCAUUUGCCAGCACAGAAAUGGUGCAGACCCACACAUUUGCUUCCCAAAUAUCGAUUGUCCAAUCAGAGCUUGGCGACGGUAACUAGGCAUGGCAAAUCUGUCAACAAGGCAUUUAACGUCAGGGCAGAGUUUAGAGAUUUUCAAGCUUGUAUAAAAGUACAAAUACUGGAUUAAAUGGCAUGUGUAUCCACUUAAAAUGUAGUCAUUAACAUGCCCAGCUAACUGACUUGCUACCUACAGUAGUAACAGAGCAUAACAAGGGGUCUCAUUUAUAAAACAAUGUGUAGAAUCCAUACUAGAAAUGUACAUACGGACAAAAGCCAUAAAAGGCGUGCGCCAAAAAUACUCGACAGUUCUACAAUCAGGCUUCCACCUCACCAUCUGCCAUUCCCCGUCUCCAAAGUGUUCGUAAGCAUGUGUCAAAGUUUCUCCAAUGAAGUCCAUUCUUAUAGAUCACAACUUUUGCGUGGGAUGUGGCGUAUGCCUCUUUCAUGCCUCGUUAUGUGCAUACGCAGUGUUUAUAAAUGAGACCCUAGGCCCCCGGAAAGCUGCUUAGCCUUGCAACAAUUUUUCCUAGUGGCCACCUGUGGUAUUGCAGCAAAAAAAUCCCCCACAGCCCAGAAAGCCUUUUCCCCAUAGGCCACCAUCGUAAAAGACAAGUCUGUAAAACUGUUGACAGGCGCCUUGAACUGCAAUGGCUAAUUAUGACUUUUUACAUUUUGAAUUGUUGAGCCAUGGUGGUUUUAUAUUUGUAAUACUCUCCUGGAGCCAAGAAAAGUGAUUACAAAAACAGUUUCUCGCAAACUAGAAACAUUUUGGCGUAUUCUCCAGUCAAGCAACUCCAUUGGUGCCAUCUUGGGGUCCGAUAUCUUAAGUAUUAUUAACAUCUGCGAGCAUAACUUCCAAGGCCAAAGACCUCAUCUUUAAUUAGCCAGCAAGUUAGCUAUGGCUAAUUCAAUCUGACAGCGACAGUUGCCAUUCUUUUAGCUUGCAAAAACGACCGCUGCUGGCUUAAAUUGAGAUACCUGCUUUUGUCUGCCUCUGGUCAAAAUCAAGCUCCUGCUGUUUUAGAAAUGUAAACUAAUUUCAAGUAGUGAAACUGCUAUCAAUAUCAUAUUAAACAAGAAGUGCUGCACAAGGCCGUAACUUCAGACAAACCUAGUGGUGAGAAAGGUGGGCGGGGCUUAACGAACGGUCAGUUUAUAAUAAGAGACGUCUUAUAUUGUCAAGAAACCAAAUAUACUGUCACCUGGUCUACAAUGAAAACAAAUAUUCUAGUACUACCAAACAUUUUCCUUGUCUGUUUUCUUUUUCUUUGUGCAUUUGUUUACCAAUGGAAGUGUUGUUGAUCACGGGGUCCUCAGCUUUUAUAUGAUAUAUCUGAAUGUUAUUGAGCAUUGUUAUUUAAUUCUUGUCUCCACUGUAUGUAUAUAUUCAAAAUAAGAUGAGGUGCAUAUAUGAAUCGCUGAGAUCAAACUAUGGUACUGUAUCACCGACAACGUGAUGAGAAUUGAAAUACUUUUGUUCAAUAAAGUUUUUGAAGAAUACUAAAAUGA